UGGGGGACCCCUGGGGCGGUGGGGGCUCGCCGUCCGGGGGGCAGCCUGCCAGCUCCUCCCAGCUACCAGCGGCACCAGCCGGAACGCCGGCUGCCUCGGGCUCCCUGCCCAAAUUCCCGGCUGAUCCCAAGACCUGCCCCAACCCGCCCACGGGACUGAGGUGGGCGAGUGAGGGGUCCCGGGGCCUUCCUCGCCUCUCCGCCUUCCUCUUCCUCCCCGGCGUCGGCGGCACCCGCCAGCCCCGGUGAGCCCUUUCCGGAAGCGGGUGGCAGGGAGGAGUGGUUUCACCACCGGUACCAGCCCGCGGGACACGCACCCAACGGGCCAACCCUCCCCGUCGGCGACGCCACCGCCCGUCCCCGCCACCGCCGGGGCGAAGAGCGGGUCCGGCCAGGGGGGGUGAAGGCGGCUCCCGCCAAGGGAAGGGAUGCUCAGCCCCUAGCACCCCAGGCGUGGUGAGGAUGUCAUCCAUCCCCGAGGCGCUGGGUCGCCCCCGGAGCAGCUCCUCCCGCAGCCUGGCCGGGACCCUGGAGGCCACCCUGGGCAUGGGGACGUUGGAGAUGGACAAGGAGGAGAUGCGCAUCCUCAAGGUCUGCUUCUACAGCAACAGCUUCAACAUGGGCAAGAACUUCAAGCUGGUGAAGUGCCCGGUGACGACGGAGAUCCGGGAGGUGAUCAGGUCCAUCCUGGUGAGCGGCCGCAUCGGGCCCGACAUCAAGUUGGCCGAGUGCUAUGGGCUCCGCCUGAAGCACGUGAAGUCGGACGAGAUCCACUGGCUGCACCCGGACCUGACGGUGGGUGAAGUGCAAGAGAAGUACGAGUGCCUGCACCUGGAGGCUGAGUGGAGGUACGAUCUCCAAAUCCGCUAUCUGCCGGAGGAUUUCAUAGAGCGCUUCAAAGAGGACAGGACCACCUUGCUCUACUUCUACCAGCAGCUCCGGAGCGAGUACAUGCAGAAUUACGCCAGCAAGGUGAGCGAGGGCAUGGCCCUGCAGCUGGGCUGCCUGGAGCUCAGGAGGUUUUAUAAGGACAUGCCUCAGAAUGCGCUGGAUAAGAAAUCCAACUUCGAGUUCCUGGAGAAGGAGGUGGGCCUGGACCUCUUCUUCCCCAGCCAGAUGCAGGAGAACCUGAAGCCCAAGCAGUUCCGGAAGAUGAUCCAGCAGACCUUCCAGCAGUACGCGCUGCUGCGGGAGGAGGAGUGCAUCCUCAAGUUCCUCCACACCCUCGCCACCUUCGCCAACAUCGACCAGGAGAGCUACCGCUGCGAGCUCAUCCAAGGGUGGAACAUCACGGUGGACCUGGUCAUCGGACCCAAGGGCAUCCGGCAGAUGACGAGCAAGGAGGCCAAGCCCACGUGCUUGGCCGAAUUCAAGCACAUCAAGUCCAUCAAGUGCUCCAGCGUGGAGGAGGGCCGGGCUGUGCUGCAGCUGGGGCUCAGCGGCACCCCCCAGUCCCUGGCUAUCAAGACGGCUUCUCUGGCCGAGGCGGAGAACAUGGCUGACCUCAUCGAUGGCUACUGCCGGCUGCAAGGGCACUUGGAAACCUCCCUCAUCGUCUUCCCCAGGAGAGAGCGGGAGAAGAGGAUCAGCCUGCCGCAGAUCCCGGCCCCGCACCUGGAGGAGAGACAGUCCACCCUAUCCGACAGCGUGAGCGUGGAUUCCGAUAUUUAUGCUGAAAUCCCCGACGAGUCUUCACGACCGAGGUCUGGAGUCCAGCACUACGGGAUCUCCCGGGAGGACGUCACGUUGGGCAGGAUCCUGGGAGAAGGCUUCUUCGGAGAGGUCUACGAAGGGAUCUACACCACCCCGAAAGGGGAGCGGGUCAACGUGGCGGUGAAGACCUGCAAGAAGGACUGCAGCCCGGAGAACAAGGACAAGUUCCUGAGCGAAGCGGUGCUGAUGAAGAAGCUGGACCACCCCCAUAUCGUGAAGCUCAUCGGCAUCGCAGAAGAGGAGCCCACCUGGAUCAUCAUGGAGCUCUACCCCUACGGAGAGCUGGGGCAAUACCUGGAGCAGAACAAGCCCUGCCUCGCUGUGCCCACCCUCAUCCUCUACGCGCUGCAGAUCAGCAAAGCCCUGGCCUACCUGGAGGCCAUCAACUGCGUGCACAGGGAUAUUGCCGUGAGGAACAUCCUGGUGGCCUCCCCAGAGUGUGUGAAGCUGGGCGACUUCGGGCUCUCCAGGUACAUCGAGGACGAGGAGUACUAUAAAGCGUCUGUCACCCGUCUCCCCAUCAAGUGGAUGUCACCCGAGUCCAUCAACUUCCGUCGCUUCACAACGGCCAGUGACGUCUGGAUGUUUGCCGUGUGCAUGUGGGAGAUCCUGAGCUACGGCAAGCAGCCCUUCUUCUGGCUGGAGAACAAGGACGUGAUCGGGGUGCUGGAGAGGGGUGACCGCCUGCCCAAGCCUGACCUCUGCCCUCCCGUCCUCUACACCCUCAUGACGCGCUGCUGGGACUACGACCCCAACGAAAGGCCCAAGUUCAAGGACUUGGUUUGCAGCUUGAGUGACAUUUACCUGAUGGAGAAGGAGCUGGCCAAGGAGCAGGAGAGGAACAACCGCCACCGGCCUCCCAAAAUCAUGGAGCCGCCGUCCUUCCAGGAGCCACCUCCAAAGCCCAGCAGACCCAGGUACAAGCCACCACCCCAGAGCAACCUCCUGGCUCCCAAGCUGCAGUUCCAGGUGCCGGAGGGUCUGUGUGCCAGCUCGCCCACGCUCACCAGCCCCAUCGAGUACCAGUCUCCGGCCAACUCCCUGCACACCCCGCCGCUCAACCGCCACAACGUCUUCAAGCGCCACAGCAUGAGGGAGGAAGAUUUCCUCCGUCCCAGCAGCAGGGAGGAGGCGCAGAAGCUCUGGGAGAUGGAGAGGCUCAAGAUGCGGCAGGUCCUGGACAAGCAGCAGAAGCAGAUGGUGGAGGACUACCAGUGGCUGCGGCAGGAGGAGAAGGCCCUGGACCCGACGGUGUUUAUGAACAACAACGCUCCUCCGCUGCUCCCGGAGAAGGAGACGGAUUACAACGGCGUAGCGGAGUUCACAGGGCCCCCGCAGAAGCCUCCCAGGUUUGGGGCACAGUCCAUCCAUCCAGCCCCCACCGCCAACCUGGACCGCACGGAUGACACCGUGUACAGCAACGUCAUGGACCUGGUGCGGGCUGUGCUGCAGUUGAAGAACGAGAUCAGCCUCCUGCCCCCAGAAGAGUACAUCAUCGUGGUGAAGAACGUGGGCCUUUCCCUGCGGAAGCUGAUCGGCAGCGUCGACGAGAUCCUGCCCAUCCUGCCCGCUGCCUCCCGCACUGAGAUCGAGGGGACCCAGAAGCUGCUCAACAAGGACUUGGCCGACCUCAUCAACAAGAUGCGCCUGGCACAGCAGAACGCUGUCACCUCGCUGAGCGAGGAGUGCAAGCGGCAGAUGCUGACGGCCUCCCACACCCUGGCCGUGGAUGCCAAGAACCUCCUGGAUGCCGUGGACCAAGCCAAGGUCCAGGCCAAUCUAGUGAAGCUGUGCUUGGAGUGAAGGCAGGGGUGGAGGAGAGGGAAGGAGAAGGGGUGGGGAAGGAGAGGAGGAGAGGGACCGCCACGCUCCGGUCGGCGGAGAUGGGAGGAGAGCAUUGCGGAGGAGCUGGCUUUUGUGUGUCUCCCAUGGCCUCGCCGUCCUGCCCUCCCUGUCCCCCCUCCUCCUGCAGCCGCUUCUGUCUUUAGCAUCGUCUUGUUGGUCUUCUGAAGAAGGGAGGCAUCUGGUGAUUCGUCCCUGGAAAGGGCUGGGGGGGACCUGGCCGUCUCCGAGGGCAGCUGAAGAUCCCUCUGGCUCGGCAGCUCCCCAGCUUCCCGCAGGUCCGUGUGUCCGUCCCUCGGCCCCUCCGAGGACAGACGGCCGCGGGCGGCAUGUCGCGAAGGGGACCUGGACCCCGCUCCUCGCCGCCGGGAGCCGGGGGUUCGUGGCCGCUGGGGGAGCUGGCAUCCCAGGGGUCCCCAGGGGCCAUCGGAGCGGUGGCCGGACGGACUGUUUGCAUUUCUUUGUACAUUGUAUAGAAGAGUUUAUUUAACGAUGGGAGGCGGGUCCGCAUGCCGCGGUGGAGCCGGUUCCGGCGCCCGUGGUCGGAACAUGCCCAGGUCCAAGCCUGCAGAGCAUGGGGAGGAAUGGGACCCCCCGGACUGCAGCCUUCGGUGACACAAACCAGGAGAACGGUGCCUCUUCCAGCUGAGUUUUCUCCGAGCUGCUCUGUGUAAGCGACAACGGCAAACCACGUCUCUGUUCGGUUUGUGCUUUGAGUUGGGAACCGUACGGUUCGGGCUUUUCCCCAGCAUCUUCCCACAGCGCUGUUCAUUCUGGCUGAGAUAAACCGUGCACAAAGC